GAUGAGCAGCGUUCAUUGGCCAGGAGAGUAGGGGUGGGGAACUAAGAACGGUGAGAGCCGCCGUGUGUGGAGGAGCUACUGCCGGUGUCAUGGCGGAGCUGAGCGAGGAGGCGCUGCUGUCAGUGUUACCAACAAUCCGGGUCCCCAAGGCUGGCGACCGGGUCCACAAAGACGAGUGCGCCUUUUCCUUCGACACACCGGAGUCUGAAGGUGGCCUCUACAUCUGCAUGAACACAUUCCUGGGCUUUGGGAAGCAGUAUGUGGAGAGACAUUUCAACAAGACAGGCCAGCGUGUUUACCUGCACCUCCGGCGGACCCGGCGCCCUACGAAGGAAGAAGACACUACUGCAGGCACUGGAGACCCGCCCCGUAAGAAGCCCACCCGGCUGGCUAUUGGUGUUGAAGGUGGGUUUGACCUCUCCGAGGAAAAGUUUGAAUAUGACGAGGAUGUGAAGAUUGUCAUUUUGCCAGACUAUCUGGAGAUUGCCCGGGAUGGCUUGGGGGGACUGCCUGACAUUGUCCAAGAUCGGGUGACCAGUGCAGUGGAGGCUCUCCUCUCAGCUGACUCGGCCUCCCGAAAGCAGGAGGUGCAGGCCUGGGAUGGAGAGGUCCGGCAGGUGUCUAAGCAUGCCUUCAACCUCAAGCAGUUGGACAACCCUGCUCGGAUCCCUCCGUGUGGCUGGAAGUGCUCCAAGUGUGACAUGAGGGAGAAUUUGUGGCUGAACCUGACAGAUGGCUCCAUCCUCUGUGGCCGACGCUACUUUGAUGGCAGUGGGGGCAACAACCAUGCUGUGGAACACUAUAGGGAGACAGGCUACCCAUUAGCUGUCAAGCUGGGGACCAUCACACCUGAUGGAGCUGAUGUGUACUCCUAUGAUGAAGAUGACAUGGUUCUGGACCCUAGCCUGGCCGAGCACCUGUCACACUUCGGAAUUGACAUGCUGAAGAUGCAGAAGACAGACAAGACGAUGACGGAAUUGGAGAUAGAUAUGAACCAGCGGAUUGGCGAAUGGGAGCUGAUCCAGGAGUCAGGUGUGCCACUGAAGCCCCUAUUUGGACCUGGCUACACAGGAAUCCGGAACCUGGGGAACAGCUGCUAUCUCAACUCUGUGGUACAGGUGCUCUUCAGCAUCCCUGACUUCCAGAGGAAGUAUGUGGACAAACUAGAGAAGAUCUUCCAGAAUGCCCCCACGGACCCCACCCAGGACUUCAGUACCCAGGUGGCCAAGCUGGGCCAUGGUCUUCUCUCGGGAGACUAUUCUAAGCCAGCACCGGAGUCGGGUGAUGGGGAGCAAGUGCCAGAACAAAAGGAAGUUCAAGAUGGUAUUGCCCCUCGGAUGUUCAAGGCCCUCAUUGGCAAGGGCCACCCUGAGUUCUCUACUAACCGGCAGCAGGAUGCACAGGAGUUCUUUCUGCACCUAAUCAACAUGGUGGAGAGGAAUUGCCGGAGCUCUGAAAACCCUAAUGAAGUGUUUCGAUUCUUGGUGGAGGAAAAGAUCAAGUGCCUGGCAACAGAGAAGGUGAAAUACACCCAGCGAGUUGACUACAUCAUGCAGCUGCCUGUGCCCAUGGAUGCAGCCCUUAACAAAGAGGAGCUUCUAGAGUAUGAGGAGAAGAAGCGGCAGGCCGAAGAGGAGAAGGUGCCACUGCCAGAGCUGGUUCGGGCCCAGGUGCCCUUCAGCUCCUGCCUGGAGGCCUAUGGGGCCCCAGAACAGGUGGAUGACUUCUGGAGCACAGCCCUGCAGGCCAAGUCGGUUGCUGUCAAGACCACACGUUUUGCCUCAUUCCCUGACUACCUGGUCAUCCAGAUCAAGAAAUUCACCUUCGGCUUAGACUGGGUGCCCAAGAAACUGGAUGUGUCCAUUGAGAUGCCAGAAGAGCUGGACAUCUCCCAGCUGAGGGGUACAGGGCUGCAGCCAGGAGAGGAGGAGUUGCCUGACAUUGCCCCACCCCUGGUCACUCCGGAUGAGCCCAAAGGUAGCCUUGGUUUCUAUGGCAACGAAGACGAAGACUCCUUCUGCUCCCCUCACUUCUCCUCUCCAACAUCGCCCAUGUUGGAUGAAUCAGUCAUCAUACAGCUGGUAGAAAUGGGCUUUCCCAUGGAUGCCUGCCGCAAAGCUGUCUACUACACAGGCAACAGUGGGGCUGAGGCUGCCAUGAACUGGGUGAUGUCACAUAUGGAUGAUCCAGAUUUUGCAAACCCCCUAAUCCUGCCUGGCUCCAGUGGGCCUGGCUCCACAAGUGCAGCAGCUGACCCCCCACCGGAGGACUGUGUGACCACCAUCGUGUCCAUGGGCUUCUCCAGGGACCAGGCCCUGAAAGCUCUGCGGGCCACGAACAAUAGUUUGGAACGGGCGGUGGACUGGAUCUUCAGUCACAUUGACGAUCUGGAUGCAGAAGCAGCCAUGGACAUCUCAGAGGGCCGCUCGGCUGCUGACUCCAUCUCUGAGUCUGUGCCAGUGGGACCUAAAGUCCGGGAUGGCCCUGGAAAGUAUCAGCUCUUUGCCUUCAUUAGUCACAUGGGCACCUCUACCAUGUGUGGUCACUACGUCUGCCACAUCAAGAAGGAAGGCAGGGAUCUGGCUAAGAGACAGUUGGUGCAAUUUGGAAUGCUGUUUAUGCAUCCUUCCCACCAGAUGGGUGAUCUACAAUGACCAGAAAGUGUGUGCCUCUGAGAAGCCGCCCAAGGACCUGGGCUACAUCUACUUCUACCAGAGAGUGGCCAGCUAAGACCCUGCGCCGCUCCCUCCACGGAGGUCAAGGGACGGAUCAGUGGGCACAAGGGCCAGGGCCUGUAGCCCCUGCUCCACACCAUUUUCUUUUGUCCCCAGCAGCAGGGAAGAAGCUGGAGACCAUAGAAAAAUGGCCAAGCAAAGCAGAGGGGCAUUAGAAUAGCUGGGGCUAGCACAGGGCCCACUGCCCACCUGUAAAGAGACUUGCUUCCCCUGCCCCACACACAGUGCCCUGCUCUGCACCGCACACUGCCCUGCCCAGCCCUGGCGGAGGGCAGGGUGACUUGUGUGCUGUGGGUGUGGCUUUGUGCAUCUUUCAGGGGAGGGAGCUCUGCACCUCUCCUGCCCCUAUGUGUUCAUUCAUGGUUGGGCAAGGAGGGAUAUGACUCCCCUUGCCCUCCUGCCUCAGUCUUUCCCCCACCCUGUCUCUUCCUGGUCCUCUGGAAAAUGCCAAAUUACACGAUGUGAAUAAAAGUACAGUGGGAAACCGA